AUGAUACGAGCAUUGUUUGCAUUCAUGGAAGGUUGUCCGGAGCGCACGUCGGAUGUUGAAGGUCCCGAGGCCUCUCUCCUCACCCUCUCAACGACGACCGACAACGCAGAAACGUCGACUGUCUGCGAAAUGUGUGCUCAGCCGGAUACUUUGUGUCAACAUAAUUUUGCUACUCUGUCCUGCCGACGGACGUGUGUGCAAAAUGAGUCCGGUCUUGAGCGUCAAGCUGCUGAGGCCUUGAUGCAGGUAGUGUUGAUUUCACCAUUUGUGCCGACAUGCCACCCUCAUGUUUUCCGCCUGGUAGAGAACAAACAGUACACGCCGAAGUGGGCCGACCAACGGCCCGAGGGAGUUGAGAGCAGGCCUAGAGAUGAGCCGGGGCACACCGCCUCAAAGAGGUUGUUUGACCGAAAAAGCAAUGCAAGAGUGACAGCAUGCUUGAGUGAAAUAAUCUGCCGGUGUUUCGGCAUUGAAAUGAGUUUAUCUUCUGAAGUGUGUAUGUGUAUGGCUCGAGUUAAUGCAACUUGGAAAGGCCGCUCCCGCCCGACGAUGCGUCGUCUGCCAGUUCUAGCCUUGCGUCCUUUCAGCACCGGACCGCCAAUCAGGCAGAAUAUACAGGCUUGACAACCAUAUGAAUCUAAGGCCAUCUGUUUGUCACACCAGAAGAAGCGGAAUCUCAUUCUUCACUCAUCGGAAUCGGAAGAUGGUGCACCGACGACAAAAACGCCCAAAAUGGCAAUAACAUUCACAAAAGAAUCUCCCUCCGAGUUCCGAUGCGGCCAAACUACACAUGUCCCCCAGUCAUCUUUCUAUUUAAACUGA